GGGUCUACCCCAGAUCGCGUCUGUGAGGUCGCCCUUAUUCGACAGCGGGGAAACUGAGGCCCGGAGGGGGGAGGGGGUCUCUCCCAAGGUCACGCAGCUCAUCGGCGGCAGGCCGGACCGAGACCAGGGCUUCCAGCGGGUGGCCUUCUUCCCAAAAAGGGGGACUGGAGGGACGACAGAUGGACAGGUCCGCUACGGCUGCCACCGCCCCCCCUGCCGCUCCGGCUGGGGAGGGGGGCCCCCCCGCGCCCCCUCCAAAUCUCACCAGUAACAGGAGACUGCAGCAGACCCAGGCUCAAGUGGAUGAGGUGGUGGACAUCAUGAGGGUGAACGUGGACAAGGUCCUGGAGCGAGACCAGAAGCUGUCAGAGCUGGACGACCGUGCAGAUGCACUCCAGGCCGGGGCCUCUCAGUUUGAAACAAGUGCUGCCAAGCUCAAGCGCAAAUACUGGUGGAAAAACCUCAAGAUGAUGAUCAUCUUGGGAGUGAUUUGCGCCAUCAUCCUCAUCAUCAUCAUCGGUGAGUGGGGCAGGAAUGUCCAGGGCCCUUUCUUUGGAGAGUCUUCCCCAGUGAAUUCUGGGUUUUGAAGGUCACUAACCUAGUUUUUACUCUUCAGCACAAAAACACGUAUGGCUGCUAAUGGCAGUUCUGCUUCACUUAGAGCCAAAAAGCUUGAUGAUGUUUAGUCUGCAGUUUGCCUGGUUCUAGGCAAUUUCUGGGAAGAUUUUGGAAACAGGAAGCUGAUGUAUCCAUUGAGACCCCUUUGGGCCUAAGAGCCCAGUCUGGGAACCCUGGAAUUGGGGAGAGGGAGAAAGGAAAGGCCCAGGGGCUUGAGAGAUCAGAAAGACAACCACCGCAUUGUUUGAGGGCUUGUGGUCUCAGAGGCCUGGAGGAUUAGGAUCUAUGGCCCCAUGGCCAUAUCAUGGAAGUGAAGGGACCUCAGAACCCACCUGUCCAACCCCUUGUUUUACAGAUGGAGAAACUGAGACUAAGAGAGGGGAAGGAUGUCAGCCAGCUUGGGGGUGGGGAGGACUGGAGCAGGGCCAGGCCUGACACACUGCUUUCUUUCUUUCUCCCUUCUCCCUCAUCCUCUUUCCCUCUCUCCACAGUUUACUUCAGCACUUAAAUUCCCGAGGAGUCUGCCCUGCCUAGAGAAGGGCCUCUCCCCCCACCCCUAGCCGUUCCUCCACCUCUCAGCCAUAUCUUUCAGCCCCCCUCCCCUGGAUCCGUGCGUGUGUGUGUCCGUGUGUGUGCCCCCCUGUAAAUAACCAGCUGUUAUUUAUACAUAUAUAAUAUUAUAUAUAUUUGGUCUGUUUGUAGUUUUAUUACUAGAAGAUUUUUCCGGUUGUCCUUAACACCCCUUCCUGAGGUUCCCAUCACCUCUUCUCUCUUUCCCUCUUUCUGUCCUUCCCUUUCCCUCUCUUCCUGACUAGCCCCAAGUCCCUUCAUUUGCAUCUGCUAUGCAAUAGUCCCUCUCCUCUCCUUCUGCUUUCCUUGGAUUUAGCUGAUCCUUCCUCCCGCCCUGGCCUCCCCCUCCUCCUCCCCCUCAGGCACCCUCCCCACCAAAAAACAAAAAGCACCAGUCCAGGCCUCUCUAGAUGCAUCAUCUUUGCAUCCAUUGCUAGGCUCUGAGACUGGCCCCCUUGGUCCUAAGAAUCCCAAGGUCUUUUGGGAGCUUCCAGCAUGUUGAUUAGCAUAUCAUUCGCAUACCAACAUCCCUUUUGCUUUUCUUCUUUUUAGUUCUAUCACUCAUAUCUUCUCCUCAACCUAUGUUUCUUUUUUACUGAGGAGUUAGUUUUCAUUGGUCCUUGUAUCACACUUUCAUUUGCACGACAUUACUUGCAGGUGGUGGGGAGCCUGGGCUUUUGGUGAGCCAGGAUGUACUGGCCCCCAGAAUUGCCCCUUCCUAGCCCCUCUAGUCCAGUUUACCUCUCCUAUCCCUAUUUUCCAAGCCUCUUGUAUCCUCCUCUCCCUCCCCCCAGCUGGUGUGUAAGUGUCUUGGAGUUCAGUGUGUUAUGAUGGACCAAUAAUUCUGCCACUCGGGGUCUCUCCCCACAUUCCUGCUCCCCAGUUUUUGUGUGGGGCACUCAACUGACAUUCCCAAGGGGUCUCCCUCCCUCCCAUUUGCCUGAUCCACCUCCUCUUCCCACCAGGAGAGUUGGGGGUUGGCUAUAAUCUGAUCUUUUUUGGGAGGAGUGGCUACCAGUGUGUGUGUGGGGGGUCAUCACUGCCUUGGGGAGGAGUGGGGGCAGGGCAGAAAACCCCCUAAUUCCUGCCUGAAAUCUCUGGCCUCACCCCUGCUGGGGGUUGGACUGUAAACCCUUCUCCCCAAUUUGGGGGGUGCUGCCCCCAUCACUGCCCAGCUCCUCUGACUGCCCCCCUGAAUUUAGGGUGGGGGUACUAGUCACUGCCAAUGUGUAUAUGGGACUUGCUGGAAGAUGGGGAUCCUUGCCCCCUCCAAGGCUGUUGAGCCCAGAGAGAGCUGUCCCCUCAUUGGGUGAAGUGAUAGAAGAAAGGUCUGUUGUCUUUUUAAAUGGCACAAUUUAAGGGGUCUGAGGGUGCAGUCCCUUAACCUGCCACGGGAGGGGGCCCUCAAAUUAUUUCUUCCUCCCACACUCAAGGUUUUCUGUGUGGAGGGGGAGCAGGGAUAUAUAAGCUGUGGUGUGAAAGGGUAGGAGAGAUGCUGGGGGUGGGGGUGCUGUGUUCUAGACCCCCCAUAUUAUCCCAGUGUCCCCUAUCCCCCCUUCCCUCACCCCAUGCCCCCAAUUCUGUGGCGCAUCCAGAUUGUGAAAAUGUACAAUAAAUGUGUAAUGAGUAACCAG